AUGCACAUGCGCAGUCGUACAGGUGAGGGAACGACUGGAACCAGGAAAUGGUGGCCGUAUAAUUUGUUUUCGUUGCUUGCUGAACAUAAAGACCCACUGAUAAAAUGAGUUAAACUUUAGGAUUGAAGACAAUAGCAGUUUUCUUUGUGUUGUUGAAUUAGUAGCCCAAAAUGAAGGAGGUCGAUUUGGAUAAGGCAACAAUCGACACAUAUCACGCGUGGGUCCAAAGCGGUAUUCGUAAUGACCUAAAUUCAGUUAGCCUAGGUCCAGGGAGACUUCCAUACAGAGCAGGCAUCUUCUUGUUUGUUUGUGCUUUUUUCAGUAUCUUCAUUGGGAUACUUCUGGUAGCUCUUCGUAUGCGCCAUGUCUACCUGUGGGACUGGGGUGCUCAAUUCCUUGGACCUUUCUUUUUCAUUUUAUUUUUACUAUGCAUGGCUGGAGCUUCAUACAUGAUGCUGCUGGCUAAACGUAGAAGUAAUAGAUACAGAUCACAGUUAUAUUUUCGUCCACUUGGUGACUGGGGUGCACAGUGUAUUCAUAAAAGUGAGCUGGCUUUGGAGAUUGAGUUGAAGGAAAAUCUCAAAUCUGGCACUACUCCACACAAGAAUGUAAAACCAAGAUCUGAAGCUUAUUCACAGUCUAGCAAAGAUGCCCGCAGAGUACGACCUAGAGAUGGCAGAGAUAACCAUGCUUAUGACAAGAGCCCACUUGAUUCAAAUAAGCCUUAUCACCCUGAAGGUCAGAGAAGGGGACCACCCCCAGAUGGUCAGAGAAGAGGGCCACCUCCAGAUGGCCGCCGUGGACCUCCACCAGAUGGAAGAAGAGGACCUCCUCCUGAUGGCAGGCGUGGACCUCCACCUGAUGGCAGACGAGGGCCACCUCCUGAGGGUAGGCGUGGUCCACCACCAGAAGGAAGACGUGGACCUCCACCAGAGGGUAGACGUGGACCACCACCAGAGGGUAGACGUGGGCCACCACCUGAUUAUGAAGAAAGAGGGGGACCAGGUCCUAAUGAUCGUCUAAGACCCCCACCUAAUGGUCAUAGAGGUCCACCUCCACCAGGUGGUGCAGCCAGGAUACCACUAGAUGAAACACGUAGACCAAGAGGUGUGCCAAGAUUUGAUGGUGUGGAAAAGAUUCCUGAUGAGAACCUCAGAGAUGUUCGAAAUAUCAUGGACAGAUCCAGAGAUGAAUCUGACAUCUAAAAAAGAAUCAUUUGCAGCUUUGUACAGUUUUUUUUUCUUCUACUGACUGUAUGUUAGACAGUUGUCAACUUUUAUAGACAUUCUCUGUAUAUAAAUUUAAUAUGUAAAUCAAUCAAAGAACUAUUUAAAAAAAAAAAAAAAACUUGUAAUGUGGGCAUCAAAUCAUGCUGCUAAAUCUGUACAGCCCAUAGUGUUCCAGAUUUUUGUAAAAAGGUUUUCAUAAACUCAUGUGGGUGGCUCUAACAUCUAACUAAAUACAUAUGAGAAAUUAUGUAUUGACAUUUUUAAAGAUGAACUUUGCAAUCAUAGAUUAGUUAGUGGGUUACAUGGGUCUUUUUAAAAGUGCCUCUUUGUGUGACAAGUUUCAUCAUUACUAAGUUACUGCAUUAAUAUUUUGCAAAUUUAUAUUCAAAAAGGAUCUUAGCUUUGUAUUUGCAUAUAAUGUAAAAUAAAUAUCUUCUAAGUACAAUUGUUACCUUCAGAAGACAAUGAAGAACCUGAUCUAUAAUUUUGUUAUUGAUUGGAUGAUUAUUUUGUUAAUUAUCCUCUUAAUUGUGAAGUAGAGAAACUUGUAAGUGAACAUUGUUAGAAUUACUGUUUAAGCCUUCAGUGUAUUAUACCAUUCCAUAUCUGUAACAUUCCAUUGAUAUUUUAUUAUGAUAAUGAAAUUAUUUUUACAUCAAAUAUAAAGAAAUAAAUUGCUAAAAAAUGUAA